AUGCUGCAUACAACAGCUCGGUCUUCUCCAUCGUCACAACGAAGCGCAGCUACCGAUGUAGGCUUUCCACGAUGCUACACAAACCAUGCUCCCAGGCCUGACGGUGCUCUCGAAAGUGCUUAUGACAUCUAUAGUAGAAUAUGCAAACAACAGAAACGCGAUGAGGAAGGUCGACUGCAUGGGGUCGAUGGAACAUACGUCGGAGAAGUCGCACAGCUUUUCAAGGACACAUUUACAAGAGAUGUUAGGGUGCAUUUUGUGGGCGCCUGGGAUACCGUGUCCUCGGUGCGCUCUCAAGAUCAGGCCUUGCAUUUUUCAAACUCCAGAGUCUGCUUCUUUCGGCACGCACUAGGCUUGGAUGAACGCCGAGUCAAGUUUCUCCCAGAGUAUGUUCACGGGGGAGUGUGUCUCAACCCGGAGCGUGAUACGGGUGCAAACACCACUGCUAAAUUUCCUCAUGUCAAGGAAGUGUGGUUUGCAGGUAAACACUCUGACAUCGGUGGAAAGAACAUGGAGCAACGCAUACCGGACAUACUACACAUGCCUCUGUUUUGGAUGAAACACGAGGCGAUGAUCGCCGGCCUACAGUUCAAGUCCGAAAGCAUCCUCUGGAGUCUCAAGUGGAGCGAAUCGCCUGUUUCCGCGAAAAUAGACUUUCCCAAAAGCUGGUGGCUCUUGGAAUAUCUGCCCUUUCUCCAGCGGACGUACAAAGGCGAGCGGUCCAUGUCAUGGCUGUUUCAUCGCCAACGGGGCCGUGUGAUCGUUCCAGGGCAAAAAAUACACUCUUCGGUGCUUCAAAAUUCGACCUACAAGCCAUUCGCAUCUUUUCGCAAAAGAAUGUGGGCGGAAUGUAGAGAAGAGCGCACGGCAUACCAGCCAGAAAAUAUAUGGGAAGAGGACAUCUUCGAGCAGCUCCAAGCCAUUCAUCUGCUCCAUGCACUCGAUGCAGACACACAUGUUGAGUGGCAUGACCUGUUGGAAAAACCCGAUCUUCUCGAACGACUUGCGAUCGCUGUCAUUUCCGGAAACACUCAAGGGAACAUGCUUGAGAAUGCGAUCAAGGCGCUUGCUCGCAUGCUCGAAAGCGACAAUGCCGAUCUCAAAGUCGGGAGCGCACACGUGCUUGCCAGUGUUGCUCGAUACGAGCACACACAUACCCAUUUGAAGGCCCAUGCUCUGCCUGUGCUCGAGCACUCGCAGGAUCCAGAUCCUAGAGUUCAUGCCGCGUUCACUGAAGCUCUCUAUCAUGUACAGAAGAUAGACCAGAAUCAAUAG